AUGGCGCCGCGGAGGCCGCUGCUCCUCGGGGUCCUGCUGGUGACCCUGCUGCGGGUGCCCUCCUCCGUGGCCGCCAAAGCCAGCGCCGCCCCGACGGUGGAGGUGACGGUGGGGGUGCUGCUGCCGGGGCGCAACCUGGGCUACCCCUGGGCCUGGCCGCGCGUCAAACCCGCCCUGAGCCUGGCCCUGGAGGCGCUGGAGCCCCAGCUGCCCCCCCUAGGCCUCGACGUGCGCAUCGCCUUCGACUCCACCGAGGACGAGAAUGGCAACUGCUCCCCGCAAGCGGCCCUCUCCAGGGCCACGGGUCUGAAAUUGUCCCACGACCCCGACGUGCUGCUGGGGCUGGGCUGCCAGGCAACAAGCUCGGCGGUGGCGUCCUUAGCCCAGCGCUGGCAGCUGCCGCUCCUCACAGCCGGCCUCUACCAGGGGCAGGGGAAAUUCGGCAACUCGACGGCGGUGUACGGCGGUCCCCUGGGGCCCGCCCUGGGAGCCUUCCUGGCCCAGCUGCACCGGCGCUUCAACUGGACCUCCCGCGCAGCCUUGGUCGUCAGUUUCAGCCGCUACCGGGAAUACUUCCAAGAGCUCCUCCCGGACAGCGCCGGCUUCACCGUCCGCGUUCACCAAUACGAGCAGCCGGACCAGGCUGUCCGCUUCAUCCGGGCCGAGGGGCGAGCUAUCUACAUCUGUGGGCCCCUGAAGAUGUUGCAGGAGAUCAUGAGCUUGGUGCACGCUCAGGGCAUGGCCAACGGUGACUACGUCUUCCUGUUCGUGGACGUUUUCGAGGAAAGUCUGAGAAUUAGUGGGUAUCAUGAAGCAAUAAAGCCCUGGCAGAUCAAGCAGAGCCAAGAUGCGGGAGGCCUCCGAGAGGCCUUCCAGACGGUGCUGGUGGUCACUCCCCAUGAGCCCCAGACCCCCGAAUACCGGCGUUUCCAGAGCCAGCUGACCCUGCGUGCCAAGAGAGAGUUUGCUGUGCCAGAGAAUAAAUCAUGUGGGACAGUAGUGCCUGGCUGCUUCCACGACGUGCUGCUGCUGUAUCUCAGGGCCCUGAAUGAGACACUGCAGGAAGGUGGAACCAAGCGGGACACCAGCCACAUCCUGGAGAAGAUGAGGGGCCUGGAAAUCCGAGGUGUCACUGGGACGGUGAGCAUCAACAGCAACAAUGACCGAGAGAUGGAUUUCGACUUGUGGGCCAUGAGGGAUGUGGAGAGCGGAGAAUACCAGGUGGUGGCUCAUUAUAUAGUAUCAGAGAAGUGGAUCAACUGGACGGGACGCAUCCACUGGAAGAAGGGAGGCCCUCCUCUUGACAACCCACCCUGGGAUGCGAAAGCAGCUGGAAAGGGAGAAGGAAAUGAAAAUGGGAGCACAGCCACUUGUGCCUGUUUCUCCAUCCCCACCUCUGAGUUGCUUUUGGGCGGUUUCCGAGUGAGUGAUUUCCUUGCCUUAGCCCGUCGGACCCAUUUGUCUCCAGAGCAAGAUGUGGAGCAAAUCCAGAUGUGCAAGUGA